AUGAGUUCCACACCUGAUGAGCAAAAUAAUUCAAAAGAUGAGCCAUUUAAGCCACCAUUACCAUUACCGAGCCAAGCUCGACAAGAGAAGCAGAAUAAAGAAUACCAGAAGUUCCUGGAGCACAUAAAGGCGUUGCAAAUCAACAUUCCGUUCAUCGAAGCAGUCGCGCAAAUGCCAAAGUAUGCAAAGUUCCUAAAAGAACUUCUCACAAAUAGAAAGAAGAUGGAGGAAGCAUCCAAGGUAGUCUUAAAUGAUAACUUUUCAGCCACAACGUUAAACAAACUGCCAAAGAAAAAAGGUGAUCCAGGUAGCCUAACCAUUCCUUGCCAAUUCGGGAAUUUAGCCACUAGCUAUGCAUUGGCCGAUUCGGGGGCAAGUGAGAACCUCAUGCCAUACUCUUUCUUUAAAAAGCUAAAACUUCCAGAACCGAGACCAAUCCGAAUGGUGAUCCACUUAGCAAACAAGACGGUGACAUUCUUGAGAGGUAUAUGUGAAGAUUUAUUGGUAAAAGUCGAUAAGUUUGUCUUUCCGGCAGAUUUCAUUGUGCUAGAUAUGGAGGAGGACCAUCAAGUGCCAAUAAUCCUUGGAAGACCAUUUUUGAAUACCGCGGGUGCCAUAGUAGACAUACGAGACUCAAGGCUUACCCUUCGAGUGGGAGAGGACUCAGUUAUUUUUGGAAUGGAUCAAGCCAUGAAACAUUCGAAGUGUAGUGAUGAUACUGCCUUUUCAGUAGAUAUCUUGGAAGAAUUAUUAGAAUAA